AUGCCCCCCGCACAGCACCCCCCGGCGCCCGCGCCCAAAAAGGCAAAGGGCAAAAAGGCCGCCGACCCCUCGGAGCAGCAGAAGCAGAUCCAGGCCAAGAUUGCCCAGCUCGAGCUCGAUGAGGCCGGCGACAAGGAGCAGGAGCUCGAAAUCGAGCGCGAAGUCAAGAAGGCGAACCGCGAGCUCUCGUCGCUGCUCUCCAACAUGGACGGCCCGCUGUCCCGCCUCGAGGUCGUCCAGAAGCGCUACACGGAGCUGCUGUCCGCCAUGAAGCGCACCGAGCGCGAGCACCAAAAGGCAAAGAAGCGCGGCGACCAGCUGCAGAAGGAAAAGGACGCCCAGCGCUCCGAGCUGAACAAGGUCACCACCAUGAAGGACAAGCUGGACAAGCUCUCGCGCGACUUUGCCAAGGAGAACAAGAAACUCAAGGACGAGCUGCACAAGCUCGAGACGAGCGAGUCAACGGCCCGCCAGGAGCUGCACGAACGCCUCGAUCACCUGAUAGCCGACGUCGACGACUGCAUCACGGCCCAGAUGGGGCCAGAGCCCCAGAACCAGGCCGAAGUCGAGCUGGACGAGCUGUUCCGUCAGAAAUUCAAGUCCUUCAUCGAUCAGUACGAGCUCCGCGAACUGCAGUUUCACUCCCUGCUCCGGACAAAGGAGCUCGAGAUACAGUACCAGAUGGCACGAUUAGAGCAGCAGCGCAAGCAGCAGGAAGCAGAGUCCUCAAAGUCCCACCAGUUGACCAGACAAGUCUCGACCUUCUCGCAAACCGAAACCGAGCUUCGAACCCAGCUGAACAUCUAUGUUGAAAAGUUCAAGCAGGUUGAGGAAACUCUCAACAACUCCAACGACCUGUUCCUGACCUUCCGCAAGGAAAUGGAGGAAAUGUCCAAGAAGACCAAGCGCCUCGAAAAGGAGAACCAAAACCUACAACGUCACAAAGAGAUUACGAAUCGCAAUAUUGGCGAGAUGGUGGAGGAACGUCAGAAGAUGCAGGAGGAGCUCGCGAGGAAGACCAAGGAAGCCGAGAUUGCGCGCAAGAAGAUUAUCCAAUUGGAGACGCUGUGUCGCGGCAUGCAAGCCCAGGGUCGAGGCCAGGUCCCGAUGAACGAGCUGGAAGAGGACGAGGAGGUUACGGAGAGUGAGUACGACUACGAAGACGAAGAAGACGACGAAGAAGGUAGUGGAGACUACGAUGACGACACCGAAGAGGACGCUGUCGAACCUGUGCCCGAGCGCCGCCCCUUUGGACCUGUUCCUCCGCCACCGCCGCCGCCACAGGCUAUUGUUAAUGGAAAAAUCAACGGCCAUAGAGGAGCCAAUGUGCAGAUCAACGGAGUUAAGCGCUAG